AAGUCCAGAACGCAAAUACCAGUUCACCCGAUCGGACGCGAAAAUGUUGGAAGUGUUUGACAAACCCUAUGCGGAUCCUGUCCAGCUGCCGCUGGUAGGCAGUUUAUGGUCUUCGGUGCUCAUACUGACGGUUUACCUGCUGUUUGUGCUGAAACUGGGCAGGAAUCUGAUGGAAAAGCAUGAGGCCCUCCAGCUGCGAGGUGUCCUCAAGGUCUACAACAUAGGACAAGUCCUUUUCAACACUCUGAUAUUUGUUUGGGGAUUUCAUCAUAUAUUCGUGUCCAGGCCGUACAACCUGAGUUGCAUGACUGUCCUGCCGCAGGAUCACGAACUGAAGUCCACUGAGAGGACUUUGGCCUACCUGUACCAUCUGAACAAGGUGCUCGACCUGAUGGACACCAUCUUCUUUGUGCUGCGCAAGAAACCGCGCCAGAUCACCUUCCUGCACGUGUUCCACCACGUUUUCAUGGUGAUAACGUCGCAUCUGUUGAUUCGGUUCUACGGCUUCGGCGGCCACGUCUUCCUGAUCUGCAUGUUCAACGUCCUGGUGCACAUGGUCAUGUACGGCUACUACUACGCCUCCUCGCAGAGCAGGAAUGUGCAGGAGAGCCUCUGGUGGAAGAAGUACCUCACCUUGGGCCAGCUGGUGCAGUUCUUCCUGAUGUUCCUCCACUGCGCCUACACCUAUCUCCAGCCCAACUGCUCGGCCUCGCGGGGCGUCAUGUACGUCAUAAGUUCGGCCAGCGCCUUCAUGUUUGUGAUGUUCUCCAAGUUUUACAUAAAGACCUACAUUCGACCGAAGGUGGUCAAGUCCAGGGCUAAGGCCAACUGAUUGCACAUGCUACACUGUGGUAAAAAACUGCACUAGCAGCAUAAACAAUUGGAAACCUGCACAUACAAUUUAUUUAACGUUCAAAAAUAUUUUUUAAUUUUUUAUCUCCUACUUGUUAACGUUUCUUCUUUUCUAAUAUAUUUUAUUAAAAAUAAGUGCUACUA